AGUUGUCACAGCAGAUGUAAAAUGGACAAAGUGCUUAAGUGGCGCUGGUGCAGUGUUAUUUAAGAUUCGAUGGGCCAUUCGUAUUGAUGCUAAUCUUUGAAUGUUAGCUAAAUUUAACAAUCUAUAUUUUUGGAGAACUAAACAGUGAUUGUGGUGUUGUGGUUUUCGGUCAAGGAUUUUGAGGGAUUGUUUGUGCAAAGUGAACCUUUUUAUGUUGUAUUUAAGACUCUGGCACAUCUGUUUGAUACGUUUUUUUAAAGCCAAGUGUUGGCUCUAAAAUGACACCCAGGUAACGAUAUUCACUAACAUUUUGUAUUAUUUCCUUAUUAACCGUUAUAUUUGGAAAGGAUGACAUUUUAUAUUUGUUUACAAAAUGCAGUUUUCUUAAUGUUUAAUGUAAGACAAGAGUCAUGUAGCCAUCUUGCCACCUUCUCCGUGGCUGCUGGAAGUUUUCUGGCAACCGUUUCAGCGUCCUUUCCCCAAGUAUAAAUAACCGUGUCAUCUGCAUACAUCUGGAUAUUUACCUCCUCACAUACAGAUGGCAGGUCAUUUAUAUACAUGGAGAAAAGAAGAGGGCCGAUAUUAGAGCCUUGUGGCAGGCCAAUAUCAGUAGCGGUGAGACUGGAUGUUGUGUUAUCAAUACGGACACAUUGGGUCCGACCAGAUAGAUAUGACAUAAUCCAGGCCAGAGGAUCUGUCGACAGUUUAAAAGAUGUUCAUUUUGUAAGUAACUUGGGGUGACUGACUGUAUCGAAUGCCUUGCGGAGGUCUAAGAAUAUUGCUCCAACUACACCUCCAUUAUCAAGAACAGGUUCAGGCAUUGAAGCUAUUUGACUGCCUGGAUUGGACGGUUCUGUCUUCUUCAGUGGACACCCCAGUGGUGCGGGUUGUUGUCGGUGCUGAUGAUGUACCGCAAAAUGAACUUGCCCAGCAGAGCCCUACUUCCACACCUCCCUUGUCAGCCACUUGUCCUGCAGGCGGUGAGGAACUGCUGCCUCCUCUGGAGCCCGCUCAGAUGCCCUACCAUCUGCACGAGUGCUGCAAGACCUGCCUGCCUUCUUUACCUGACAUGUUCCAGUCCACACCGCCAUUCUGGGCUCAGAACCCGCUUAUGGCCCCGCAGCUUUGCAAUUUCAGGAGGAUUUUGGCCAAAAAAGAACCGCAGACAGAUUUUUUAACUGAGGAAGAACAUGAAGGCCGCUGGGAUGUCAUUUAUAAAACCCCAUGUGGGCAAAGCCUCCGUAACCACGACGAUGUGAUGCGCUUUCUAUUGGCCACAGAGAGCUACGAUGUACUGCAGCUAGACUACUUCUCCUUCAACAUGGCCGUGCAGUUGGAUCCUUCUGAAGUGCAGAGUCCCCAGCUUCCGGAGAUAGACCUGAGUCGUGGCUCUGAGCCAACGCCAGUGGAGCUGUGCCUCGGCCCCGGCGAUACCCGGCCUGCUGAAUUCCGCUACAGGAAGGAACGAUGGCCGCACGGCUGCUUCUUGAGCCGCGGCCCCAUGUUUGAUGCCUGCUGUGACUGCCCGGACGGCUGCUUGGACGCACAACGCUGCGCCUGCAUCGCCAUGACGGGAGCUCAGCGCAAUUAUAGCCAUCAGAGACUGACCGAGCCUUUGCCGCUAGGGUUGUUUGAGUGCGGGCCGUGGUGCAGCUGUGAUCGAGCACGCUGCCAAAAUCAACUUGUGCAGCGAGGAAUCCGAGUCCGUCUUCAAGUGUUCUGGAGAGACCCUUGUGGCUGGGCUGUGCGUUGCCGUGACGACUUGGAUGCGGGGACUUUUGUGUGCAUAUUUGCAGGCGUGAUCCUGCAGAGAGCCCAGAGACCCAUCGAGCCUCCUCCUCCCAAACUGACCAGAGUGGAUUUGCCGUCAGAUGACGAGGUGGAGGUGGUGACGGAGUGGCUGGCACCCCCCGUACUGGAAGGGAGCACCUUGGAAACACCUGCACCCACCUCGCCCCCGCUGCAUGUUCCAGUAAUCCAGAGACCCACAGAGGUCAGCGCACAUCCGGACGAAAAGACGGGGAAGAAGAUCUCUGUGAUGACCGCAAAUGCUGCUGGGAAUGGCAACAAGAUGGAGAGUCUAAAGAGUUUGAACAGAGUUACAAACCCUGGUGGUGUUUAUUUGUUGGAUGCCACGAGGGAAGGAAACGUGAGCCGCUUCUUCAACCACAGUUGCCAGCCUAAUCUUUUCAUCCAGAACGUCUUCACUGACUCUCAUGACCCCGACUUUGCCAUCACCGCUUUCUUCACCAGCCGUGUGGUGAAGGCAGGUACGGAACUCACCUGGAAUUAUUCUCCUGACACACACGUGCCACCCAAGCAUCAACAGGAAGUGGCGUGCAUGUGUGGCAGCGGCUGCUGUCGAGGCAGAUUCAUGAAGGAGAAUUUCCGUGACGUGGCUGCUUGUGGACGUGGAGAUGCUUGUGAGCCCAACACUCCUUGAUUCUACUACUUUUUCAAAUAAAACACUUUUUACAUCU